AUGUUGCCACGAUCCAUCGCCCACUCUACCGCCCGCCAUGUCACAUUUCCACCACCAUGCACACUCUGCAGCUGCACCUGCGGCUCCCUCUUCCUUCCCCAACGACGUUCCGCCUCUUCCAGCCGCAAAGCCCCCUCGACCUACGCCAAAGCCCGCCAAGAAAAAAGCCAAGUGCUGACAGCGACAGGCGCAAAGGAACGCAAGGCACUCAACGAGCACAAUGCCAGCGCGGUCACCGACAUCCUCGCCAAUCUUCCCCAAGCCUUCCGGGUCAUGACAGCAGCCAGGGCCGCGGCCUUCUUGCAGGAUUUUGAGAAGCUGGUGGCGCGGCAUAUGGGUCGGAACGUGAACAAGACGGAAUUCCAGGCCCUGGUCAAGGAGUCGGGCUUGCCCAUGCAAGAUCUCUUCAAUCUCAACCUCAUCCUGGUCAAUGUGCCGGGGGAUAACUACCUGGGGAAGAAACUCAUGUUUGCGCUGAGUGUUGCCGGGUUGGAAGAUGCCACCAUCUCCAUCUGCAGUCACGCGUUGCUGGGGAACAAGGUCAGGCCGAACUUAUUGCGAAGCGCCGAGAUUGUGUAUGCGCGGGGCCAUCUGAAGCAGUUGGCGAGGUACGGGAAGAGCUACCGUGCCAUGGUGCUAGAGGGCAAGAUCAUGCGAGCGCUGGGUGAUGAAGAUGAGGCUCUGGCGAUGUGGGAGAAGGGGAUGGGUGCUGCGGUGGCGCGUGGGCAGCGCAUGCUAGAUAUGAAGAGGAGGGGAGUGAUCUCCGAGCUGCAGGCUGAGCGUGUCCUACAACAGCGGGAUUCCGUCGAGCUCUCUAGCCCGUGGAUCGAAUUGACCCUGUUGCGAUAUGAUCGAUAUGUGCGUUUCUGGGGACAAAACGAUUUCACGGCGGCACAGGCUGAGCUUGAAAAAGCGGAGAAAGCUGCAGACAUCGGUUGCAGGAUGGAUGAUCCGACUAGCCACUAUCACAAAGCUGAGUUCUUCAAGAAGGCCGACCCGGAUGGGACGACAAAACAUACUUCCGUUUGGCUAUAUCACAUGACUAAAGCAGCUACCUCAGGACAUGCUAUCGCGUGCCAUAAACUGGGUAUCUUCUAUGCCGAGAGUGGAUGGAAAUACAUCGACGACGAACCGCCGGAUCAUGUGAAACCGACACCCUUUGAUAGCUAUCCUUCUGACUCCACGAGUCUCCUGUCAACUCUCCAACGCAUGUUCACCUUCUUCCCACCACAAACUGCAACAGAAGCAGCGAAACGCGAAUCCGACGAUCUUUUCCACACGGCCGCGUUCCCAUCUACACCCCAACACCGCUGGCUGAUGGCCUCCCACUGGCUAAAGCUGGCCAUGCAACACAUGUACGCCCCCUCCUACCUCUACGCCGCCCAAAUGCUCGUACAUGAACGAUACUGGGCGCAAGCGCAAGCCCCGAAAGCCGCACUCCACAUGACCGCGGAGCGUUACAAAUACGCCAACAAAGCCGACUACGAAGCCAAAAACCCAAUCGUCAAGCCCAACUCCGCCGAAAAGCAGGAUGAACCGCCCGAAGACCCCCUCAUCCCCCGCACCGCCUCACACACCGACCUCGCCAAAACCUACCUCACCCAAGUCUUCAACGCCUGCACAGCCCAUUCACUCUACCUCUCCGCCCUGGCCCGCGAACAAAAGGCCGCUUCCCUACGCGGCCCCAAGCUCCGCAGCGCCCAACAGCAACAGGAACCUAUCUUGGACGAAAGCGCGCUGGAUGGACGCCAGUUCAAGCGUGGGGAGGAUGUGAGCGAGGAGGUGAUGGAGUGGUUCAGGUUUCCGGAUGUGAGGGAGAUGUGGAGUGAGCAGGCGGAGGGGUUGGCGGUGACGGCGAGGGGGCUUUGCGAUGAGAGGGGGUGGGAUUUGGUGGGGCGGGAUGGGGGGUUGGUUUAUUCUUGUCGGAAGAGGGGUGUGGGUGGAAGUGGUGGUGAGGUGGAUGGUGGUGAGGUGGAUCGGAAGUAG